GCGACGACGCAGCCUGCGGCGACUACCGAAACGUGCCCGCCGUGGGGUGUCCGAGGUAGACACGUGUCGCACCUCAACCCCCUCCUUCCUUCCCUUUCUUCUCCUCUUGUGCACUUCUUUUGUUCGCCUUCUCGUUUAUCGCUAAUGGCGUCCUCUGUCGUUGUCCCCGUAAUAAUGGAAUUCUGAACGUUGUAUUUAUCAGUUCCACUCAAAGGAGGCAAGGUCUUUCUUUUCGGUUUCUUCGCGCCCCGCGGAUCUUAUUUUUCGCGCGUUUUCCAUGUCUAUUUAUCAGAAGAUCUUAAUCAAACUCGAAUCCAGCGAGCCGGUGUUGGUAAAAAAAUUUGAAUUUAGAUCAAAUUUCAUUUUUUGGUGGAGUUUUGGUAGUUUCAUCGUUUAUUAGAUUUCUUCGGUUUUGGAUCUCUUGGUGGUGGAGGACGAGGAAGGGAGACGGAGAAAGGGCGGCGGCGAUUAGGUAUGGAGAAGUCCCCGAGAGAUCUUUUGCGGAGAUUCGUGGGUAAUGGCGUCGGAGAAGAGCCAACGGAGAUGGUGGAAGGGGACUCCGACGAGAUCGAGCUCAGCCUCGGGCUCUCCCUCGGCGGGUGCUUCGGCGCAGAACGCAAAGGGAAAAAGCUGGUCCGCUCCACCUCCGUCGCUUCCUUCUUGACGCUGCCGAAGGAGCCUGAGUUCCCUGCCGUCCCCGUUGCCGCCUUGACGAGGACGAGCUCUCUGCCCUCGGAGACGGAGGAGGAUCUGAGGAAGCGGAAGCAGAUGCAGAGCUUGAAGCGAUUGGAGGCGAAGAGGAAGAGAUUGGAGAGGAAAAAUUCCAUCCGGUCGCCGAAGCCAGGGCUGCCCGGGGAGAAACAUGAUGAAGAUGCCGUUGGAGCUAAAGUUUCAACGGUAGCGGCAGGGGCGGCUCACGGCAUGGUUAACCAUGGCCACCUUGGAUUGACCUGCGCAAAAGGUGGCGUUGCUCCACCUGACCAACCAACAUGGCUGGUCGGACUGCCUCCGAGAAAACUGACAACUGCUUCCAUAUCACAGGGUUCUAGUUGCUCUCAGGGCAGCUGCGCCAGCAUCGCGACCAAUUCAGAAUCCCCGGCAACACAUGGAUUGAACUCCAUGAUCCCCUUAGCAAACAGUCACACUAAGAACGAUGAAACUGUUAUGAAUCCUCCGAUUUCCUGGGGUGGAAAAACUAUGCUUAAUCCUGGAAGAGAAGGCAGGGCACAACCAAUGCUGGUCACUGCAAGAUCAAAUGGAGUGAAGGAGCUGGAGAAGAAGAUGAUCGAAACGAUGCCCUUCGUAUCAACAAAGGGCAACGGCCCUAAUGGGCAUAGGAUACAAGGUUUCCUGUACAAGUACAGGAAGGGGGAAGAGGUGAGAAUAGUGUGCGUAUGCCACGGCAGCUUCCUCACCCCUGCAGAGUUCGUUGAGCAUGCAGGUGGCCUCGACGUUGCCAAUCCUCUCCGGCACAUUGUGGUCAGUCCUUCUCCUUUCACCUUGUGACAUGUAACUACUCUAUUCUCAAAAAUGAUAACAGAGUUGGAUGUUUCGCAUGGUAAAUAUUUUUGAGCUUUAGCUUCAUAA